AUGGCGUUUCAUAAAGUGAUGUGUGUGGCGGCUGCUCUCACUCUCCUGACCCAAGAGUCUGAGUCUCAGUUAUCGGUUUGUGGUCAACCAACUCUCAACACCAGGAUUGUUGGAGGCCAGGUGGCUCCUGGAGGAAACUGGCCCUGGCAGAUCAGUCUGCAAACCUCAGCUCAUUUUUGUGGAGGAUCUCUGAUCAACAACCUGUGGGUAAUGACUGCUGCUCAUUGUGUCUCAAGUGGAAACCCAUCUGGUCUGACGGUGUAUCUGGGUCUUCAGAGUCUGCAGGGAUCCAAUCCAAAUCAAGUUUCUCAAACAGUAGUACAGAUCAUUGUUCACCCAAGCUAUGACUUUUCAACCUCUGACAACGACAUCGCCCUCCUGAAGCUGUCCUCGCCGGUAACCUUCAGCCCCUACAUCAUGCCCGUCUGUCUGGCAGCUUCAGACAGCAGCUUCUACAGUGGAGUCUCCUCAUGGGUCACUGGCUGGGGCAACACUGGAAGUACAGCGGGCCUUCCUCCACCUCAAAACCUAAUGGAGGUGCAGCUUCCAGUUGUGGGAAACAGACAGUGUAACUGUAACUAUGGAGUGGGCCACAUCACUAACAAUAUGAUCUGUGCUGGGUUAUCUGAGGGAGGGAAGGACUCCUGUCAGGGGGAUUCAGGAGGUCCGAUGGUGAGCAAGCAGGGUAAUCGAUGGAUUCAGUCAGGAAUUGUGAGCUUUGGAGUAGGAUGUGCCCUGCCAAAUUAUCCAGGAGUCUACACCAGGGUAUCCCAGUACCAAAAAUGGAUCAACACCCAGAUUACCAGCAACCAGCCGGGCUUCCUUACUUUUACAUCAAAUGGGACCAACAGUGACCUCAGUGUUUCCUGUCCAGGCUUGCCACCAAUCACCACCCCCACAACCCCGACAACUACAAUCACAUCAACUACAACCACAACUACUACAUCAACAACAUCCACAACUUCUACAACAAACACAACCACAACAACCAGCCCACCAACUUCCCAUACAACAACCACACCUACAACGACCACAUCAACAGCAACAACAACAACAACAACAACAACAACAACUACCCUCCCACCAAGCACCAAGCCUAAUCAGGUGGUCUGUGGUAAAGCCCCUCUGAACACUCGUAUUUCUGGUGGAAGUUCGGUGGUGACAGCUGGUGCGUGGCCAUGGAUGGCGAGUCUGCAGAAAAAUGGACAGCACGUGUGUGGUGGGACGCUGGUGACUGAGAACUCUGUGCUAACCAACGCCAACUGCUUCUCAGGCUCUCCUAAUGCCUCUGACUGGACGGUCAUUUUGGGUCGUCUGAAGCAGAACGGCUCAAACCCCUUUGAGGUGUCUUUGAAUGUGACAAAUAUUACCCUGAGCAACUUGACGGGGUCCAACAUCGCGGUUCUUCAGCUGUCAGCCCAACCCGUCCUGAACAACUACAUCCAGCCCAUCUGUCUGGACAUCGGAAGAACCUUCCCGGUGGGAUCGACCUGCUGGGCUGCUGGUUGGAGCACUGGGCAAGGAGGAAACGAACAGGUUCUGCUGGAGUUCCCGACAUCAGUGCUGGACUGUGGGAACGUGUCGAUAAGUGACAGCAUUUGUACCGCACUCUUUACACUGGAGCAGGGGAACUCUGGCGACCCGCUAAUGUGUAUGCAGAACGGCUCCUGGUUCCAGGCGGUCGUGCUAACAUUUUCAGGCACCUCCACGAGGCAAAACCGACAGGCACCAGUGCUUGUCUUUAAAACAGUGAAUUACUUUCAGCAAUUUUUGAAGGAGUCACUGGGCACAUUGUUGUCUCCAUCUUCCACUGACACCACCACCAACAGCAUCAACCUAACUACCACAAUCACCCCGACAACCAUCAAGUCAAGUGGGGUAACUCCCAAUCCCUUCCCCUUCUUCCUGUGUCUUCACUUUCUUGUCCUCACCUUGUGUCUCUAA